CAUAACAAAAGAAAUAUUUUUUUAUAUUUGUAUGCAUAAUACAAUAUAAUAAAUAUCAUUUGUUCCCAUGCAACAUAGAUAGAAAUUCUAUAUAUAUAAAUUUGCUAUACAACAUCUUGAAGCUCAUCAACAAUUGCAUACUAAUUAAGAAAGAUAAGCAAUGGGGUCUGAAUCUCUUCUUCUUCCUGUCAUAGAUUUCUCAGAUGAGCUAAAGGCCGGCACUCCUGAGUGGGACUCCGUGAGAGCCCGGGUUCAGCAAGCACUCCAAGAAUAUGGUUGCUUCCAGGCUUUGUUCAACAAAGUUCCUUCUCAGCUUCGAAAAUCGAUGUUUGGUGCAAUAGAAGAGAUCUUUGAACUUCCUUUGGAAACAAAAUCAAGAAUAAUCUCUUCUAAGACGUCCUUCGGUGGCUACACUGCGCAGUCACCAACAGCACCGUGGGAGAGCAUGACUAUCGGAGAUGUACAUAUUCCCGAAUAUGUCACAAGCUUCACUAAUCUCUUGUGGCCAGAAGGAGACCCUACCUUUGGCAAAACAUUAUGGUCCUUCUCAGAGCAACUGUCUGAAUUGGAUCAGACGAUUAGGAGGAUGGUUUUGGAGAGCUUUGGUGUUGAGAAAUACUGUGAUGAACACAUAGAUUCAAGCCGAUACACUCUUCGACUCAUGAAGUAUGAAGAUCCCGAAAUUAUAGAGAGCAAGCAGCUUAUGCUAAAACCCCACACAGAUAAGAACCUUAUGACAAUAUUGUAUGAAAUUAAUCAGGUAGGUGGGUUAGAGGUGCAAAGCAAAGACGGGAAGUGGAUCAAUGUGAAAACAUCAUCGCCGGACUCUUUCAUCAUCUUGCCCGGAGAUUCUUUCCAUGCAUGGACGAAUGGGGGUUUGCAGGCUCCAGUUCAUCGAGUUGUGAUGACUAAAAAUGAAACGAGAUACUCAGUAGGGUUAUUUUCAAGCCCAAAAGAAGGCCACCUUGUAAAAGCUCCGGACGAACUAGUAGAUGAAAAACACCCAUUACUCUUCAAGCCUUAUGAAUAUAUAGAAUAUGUUAAGUUCUUCACAACAGAAAAAGGACAGAAAGCUCAUGUAUCCGGCUUAAAGGCAUUUUGUGGUGUUUGAGAUGGAUUCGGAUCUUUUCUAAUAACAAUUUCAUAUUGUUACUAUUA